GUGUGGCGGAGCGCAAUGUGAAUGAGCGGUGCCCGGGACAGAGAGCGGAGCGGAGCGGCUGUGGUGCCACGGGGGCAGCGGCAUGAGGGUCGGCAUCAGUCCUGCAGCCACCAGCGAGGGCAGAGGCUGAAGUUUGUCCCAGAGAGAUCGGCAGCAGGGACUGGGCAGCGGGCAGAGAGGGGACGGAGCGGACAAAGGAGCGCGGCUGGGACCCUGGCGGCGGGUGAGGCGAGGGGUGCGCGGGCACUCUCGCAGCCACGGUCCGCCCCAGGGAGGCACCCCCUCACUUCCAGCUGGGCAACAGACAGGAGAGGCUGGACGAGCCGAGGGAGCGGGAGCAUGUGGAGGAGGCUCGGGUGUCCAGGAGCUGCAGUGUUAGGAUGAACGUUUGUGGAAGCGAACAGGAACCGACUCGAAGCCUGUACACCAUGGUGGGCAUAAGUGACGAUGUGCAGGGCUUGACCGUGCGAAGCCUGUCCACGUCGGACAUCCACAAACACUAUGAUUUCAUUCGAGAGCUGGGCAAAGGAACGUACGGCAAGGUGGAGCUCGUCAUUCACAAAGUCGCAGGAACCAAAAUGGCUUUAAAGUUUUUGAACAAAAAUAAAACGAAGCUGAAGAAUUUCCUGAGAGAGUAUAGUGUUACCAACAACCUCUCCUCCAACCCUUUCAUCAUCAAGGUCUUUGACGUUGUCUUUGAGACGGAAGAUUGCUACGUGUUUGGCCAGGAGUAUGCUCCAGGAGGCGACUUGUUUGACAUCAUCCCUCCCCAGGUGGGUCUGCCGGAAGACACGGUGAAGCGCUGUGUUCAGCAGUUGGGUUUGGCCAUUGACUACAUGCACAGCAAAAGCCUGGUCCACAGGGACAUCAAACCAGAAAAUGUGCUCCUGUUUGAUAAAGAGUGCCGACGGGUCAAGCUGUCUGACUUUGGGAUGACUCGCAAGGUAGGCUGCAGGGUGAAGCGUAUCAGUGGCACCAUCCCUUACACUGCUCCCGAGGUCUGCCAGGCCAACAGGACUGAGGGCUUUCUGGUGGAUUGCAGUAUUGACAUCUGGGCUUUUGGUGUCCUGAUCUUCUGCAUGCUGACUGGAAACUUCCCCUGGGAGGCUGCCAUGCCAUCUGACAUCUUCUACGAAGAGUUUGUGCGGUGGCAAAGGGGUCGCCUGAGUGGGUUUCCCUCACAGUGGAAAAGGUUCACAGAUGGGGCCCUCCAGAUGUUCGAAAGGUUGCUGGCUGUCGAUCCUGACAAAAGAUGUUCCGUCAAGGAGGUCUUUUAUUUCCUGAAAUGUGACUUGAUGGUAGAAUUGAGGAGAAGGGCUUCUUAUCGAUGUAGAACCCACUCCUCUGAUAAAUCAGCUCUGUCGGCACACAAAUGUGAGGGAUCAGCUCCCAAUAUGCCCACACCUUUAAGAAGAAGCCUCCUGUCAGAAGCACCGGGGUCCAGAUUCACGCCCACAUCAACUGAGUCGAGUUCGCAAACAUCUGGGAGCAGGAUGGACGGAAGACAGGACAAGAGCAAAGGCCGAAUGAUUAGUGCUACAGCAAUUGAAAUCUGUGUUUAAUCUUCUGAUCCACUAGUAGGUGUGCACUGGUAUAAAGAGUUAGUGUGCUAGUAUUUUCAGUCCUUGGAUGCUAGUGGGUCCUUCUUCAAAGACACCAGAAACUUGUAAUGUAGUGAAACGAUCUAGACGGACUCACUUGAGUUGUGUCUUGUGCAGAAAGCCCCACAGCCCCAGGUCUACAGUCUGCUUCAAAGGUGCAUUCUACUUUUGGGUGAGUGUGGCAAAGGGUCGGGGAUGGGGUUGGAAAACUAGACCUCAAUUAAACAUACGAUCUCUGGGACCAAUAUUUAAACCCAGUUCAUGGAUUAAAAAUACUGUGUUUUGGCUCUGAGGGUCCAACUUCAGACGUACUGAUGCCGGUUUGGUCCAGCCACUACUUAACCUUGAGUCUGCAGCACAAUAUGGUCCCGGUCUUAGCCAACAUUCUUCAAAUAAACCUCAUGAAAAUUAAUUACGAGGGGAAUCACAGCUGAGUCCACUCCCUGACGCAAACGUGCAUGGUCUUCUCAGAUGGUUGACAGUGAGCAGGAGAGGGGAGAUCCAUCACACAACGGGCAGGUGGAGCCAUCUGGUCCAUGUGGAUCAGUGACUCACUGCUUUACUCAUGAGAAGCUCUUAGGAAAGGCUUAAACCACAGUGUGUUACUGAUUACCCUGAACAUCAUUUUUGAAAACAUACAAAUUAUUAACAGCCCUGAAAUAGGGCAUUUGGUCCAAAUGCCCCAUCAGCGAGCCUCCUCCCAUCUUUCUUCAUCUCCCUCUAAGAGCAUAUCACAUUAUUUUCCUCAUGUCCUUUAUUGUCUGAAUUGCAUCUCUGUUAUCUGGCAAAAACACUCUGGGGCAGUGAGUUCCACAUUCUAACUACCUGCUGGAUAAGUAUUUUACUUCUGAGAGUUUUUGCUGGAUUUACUAGUCAUUACCUGAUGUUUACAGUCUCUCACCCUGGUCUCAGCUACAUUGAAAAGCGUUUCCCUUUCACUGUUUUAAGUACUGAUGGCACUGAAGCAGGCAGUAUAAUGGAAAGUGAAGAAGGUUAUCAAAAAUUACAGGAGGGGGUCUUGAUCAGCUGGGUAAGUGGGAGUUGAAUUCAGAUGUGUGAGAUGUUAAAUUUUGGAAAGUCAAAUCAAGGUCGGACUUUCACAGUGAAUGGAAGGGCCCUGGGGAGUGUUGUAGAACAGAGGGACCUUGGAAUUCAGGUACCUGAUUCCCUGAGAGUCACAGGUAGACAGGGUGUUGAAGAAGGCUUUUGGCACACUGGCCUCCAUCAGUCAGGGCACUGAGUACAAAAGUUGGGAGAUCAUGGUGCAGUUGUACAAGACACUGGUGAGGCCACACUUCAAGUAUUGUGUUCAAUUUUAGUCACCUUGCUACAGGAAAGAUGUUAUUAAACUGAAAAGAGUGCAGAAUAGAUUUACAAGGAUGUUGUCAGGACUUGAGGGACUGAGUUAUAGGGAGACAUUGGACAGGCUAGGGAGUGUAGGAGAUUGAGAGGUGAUCUUAGAGGUGUAUAAAAUCAUGAGGGGCAUAGAUAGGGUGAAUCACUCAGUCUUUUUCCCAGAGUUGGGGAACCAAGAACUAGAGGGCAUGGGUUUAAGGUGAGAGGGGAAAGAUUUAAUAGGAACUUGAGAGGCAAUUUUUUUUACUCAAAGGGUAGUAUGUAUGUGGAACGAGCUGCCAGAGGAAGUGGUUGAGGCAGGUACAACAACAACUUUCAAAAGUCAGUUGGACAGAUACAUGGAUAGGGACGGUUUUGAAGGUUAUGGGCCAAAUGCUAACAAAUAGGACAAGCUUGGAUGGGCAUCUUGGUCAGCAUGGAGCAGUUGGGCCGAAGGGCCUAUUUCCGUGCUGUAUGAUUCUAUGACUUUGGUAGAUCAUCACAAUUUUUUUCCUAAGGGCGUUACCUUGGAAUAAUUUUCACCACAGUAAGGUGUUACAAUUGGUAAUUCUUUUACUCACUUUCCCACUCAUCUCGUCUCUGCUGGGCUGUCGGUUGAGAUGGCAGGAUGCUUGUCUUGGAGUUUCCUCAGAGAGGGAGUAAUCUUGGUUUAGUGUGUAUAAAGGUGUUACUGUAUUCAGCCCCAUGGUUAAUUUUUCCCAGUGUCGACCCUUCUAUUUUGGCUCUUGAUCUCUGUAAGAAAUAGAAUUCUAAAAUCCCAUCAUGAUAAUGGCAUGGAAGAGAGUAAUUCAGCCGAUUGAGCCCAUACCAUCUCUACGUAAAAGCCAUCUGGUCAGUCUCACACCACACCCUCUCCCCUAAACCCUGUUAAUUCCCUCUUCUCAGAUAUUCUGGUCCGUUCUAAAUGCUACAGUUGAAUCUGCAUCAACUACCACCCCAGCAGUCAAUUUUACUCUAUUGCACAAUCAAUGGUUUUAAAAAGGAUUUGUGUCACUUUGGUUCUCUUGCCAAUCACUUUCAUUUGAUGUUGCCUUGUUUUUAACCUCUCCAAUAGUGGGAACAGUUUCUCUCCAUCUAUUCUGUACUGUUCAUGAUAGUAAAUAUCUUUAUCAGAUCUCUUUAUAAUCUCCUAAACCCAGUUUCUCCAGUCCAUCACAGAACUAAAGUCUCUCGUCCCUGGCUGCUUACUUCUCCCUCCCACCUCCCCCACUCUCCUACCUUCCCCCUCUCACCUGGACUCACCUAUCACCCAAACUCACCUAUCACCUCCCUGCAUGUACUCCUCCUCCUCCCCCGACCUUCUUAUUCUGGCUUCUGCCCUCUUCCUUUCCAAUCUUGAUGAAGGGUCUCAACCUGAAACGUCGACUGUUUAUUUCUCUCCAUAGAUGCUGCCUGACCUGCUGAGUUCCUCCAGCAUUUUGUGUGUGAUGCUCCAGAUUCCAGCAUCUGCAGAAUCUCUUGUGUGUCAUCCCUGGAAUCACUAUGGUAACUCUUUCUGCACCCUCUCUAAAGCCU